AACUUGGCCAAGAAAAUCGUGAAAAUCCGUACCGCAAAAUCUCAUAGUUUCUCUCUCAGACCAAAAUAAUGGAGCCUCGACGGGCAACGCGCACCGUUAGCGACCCGAAAGUCCGACACGUCGGAUUCUUCACUUCCUCACCCGACCGUUCCGAAUCGGGUCCUUCAUCCGAUCCAUUCCCAAUAAUCCCCUCCGCUUCUUUAUCUCCUCCAUCAAUCACCGGCCUCUCCCCUACCGCCGGCAACUCCCUUUCUCCGGUCAUGAUCCCUCCGGCACUUCACUCCACCGCCGCUCCCUUAUCUCCACUCCAUCGCGAAAUCUUUAAUAACAAUGUGAGUGAGUUUUUUCCAGCUGCUGCCACUUCUCCUAUUGCAAUGACGUCUUUUUCGGAUAGUGGAAGGGGUGCAACGGCGCCGUCUAGUAGUUAUCCUGGAAGCGGCGGUGGAUUUGAUUUUGUGCAAACGAGUAGUAGUGUACCUGCUAGUGGACUGACUACCGUUUCUGUCGUUACUAAUUUGCCGUCGGGAAUUAACGGUGAAGUGCAAAAUGUUGGCCGAACAAAUUCACAGCCAUUGAAAGACAAAACUACUAAAGCUGAAAGGCGUGCCAUUCAAGAAGCUCAACGAGCUGCUAAAGCUGCUGCAAAAGCUGAAGGUUCCAAGACUCCCGUUGUUGCUUCUGGGACUGCAACUCCCACAAAUACGAAAUUGGCUAAAGCUGCAAAGGCUCCUUCACAGAAGAAUGAUAGUGGUCCAGCUCCAGCUUCUGAGAAAAGGGGGGGUGAGCGUCCGCCAGAAAAAGAUAGAAAGAAAGAUGUUCCUCAACCGCGCAUGCAAUAUGAUGACAAAAGUCGAGUUGAGAAGGCUAAAAAGCGUGCAGUUGUAAAACAAACUGAAGCUAGGAACAGGGUGGAGUUGUUUAGGCAUCUACCUCAAUAUGAGCGUGGAACUCAGCUUCCUGAUCUUGAGUUAAAGUUUUUCCAACUUGAUCCUAUGCAUCCAGCUGUCUACAAGGUUGGAUUGCAGUAUUUAUCUGGAGAUAUUUGUGGUGGUAAUGCUCGCUGCAUUGCCAUGCUUCGAGCAUUCCAAGAGGUCAUUAGUGACUACUCAACGCCACCUGAGAAAACUCUUGUUCGUGACUUGACAGCAAAAAUAGGAAAUUAUGUUUCUUUCCUCAUUGAGUGCCGCCCCCUUUCAAUCAGCAUGGGAAAUGCAAUUAGGUUUCUGAAAAACCGAAUCGCCAAGCUGCCUAUGACUUCUUCUGAAUCAGAAGCCAAAGCAACUCUUCAUUCAGAUAUUGAUCAUUUCAUAUCUGAGAAGAUCACAGCUGCAGACCAAGUGAUUGUCAGGCAUGCCGUCACAAAGAUCAGGGAUGGUGAUGUUCUUCUUACAUAUGGGUCAUCUUCUACAGUUGAAAUGAUAUUGCUGCAUGCCCAUGAGCUUGGCAAACAGUUCCGGGUUGUAGUGGUGGACUCUCGUCCAAAACUUGAAGGGCAACUGUUACUUCGUAGGCUGGUGGGGAAGGGUAUUAGCUGCACAUACACUCAUAUAAAUGCUGUUUCUUAUAUCAUGCACGAAGUCUCUCGGGUAUUUUUGGGUGCGGCAUCUGUACUGUCUAAUGGAACAGUUUACUCAAGAGUAGGGACAGCAUGUGUCGCUAUGGUCGCCCAUGCAUUUGGUGUACCAGUCUUAGUUUGCUGUGAAGCAUACAAAUUUCAUGAGAGGGUACAACUAGAUUCUAUAUGCUCUAAUGAGUUGGGGGAUCCAGAUGCACUUUCAAAAGUUCGCGGCAGGGAGGAAAUCAACUUCUUGAAUGGUUGCGCCCAUAAUGAAAAUCUGCAGCUGUUGAAUUUGAUUUAUGAUGCAACUCCUUCAGAUUAUGUUUCCAUGAUAAUUACAGAUUAUGGCAUGGUGCCCCCCACAAGCGUCCCUGUCAUUGUCCGAGAAUAUGGUAGAGAACAUUGGUUGAUAUGAUGUUUGCCUGUUGAUGCUAAUUUCCGACUUAGGAGCAAUUGCAAGCGAAGCAACAAGAUUAGACGGAUUUUUUUUCUUCAUUGUCAUCCCCUGUUCUGGACAGUUUCUGUCUUUCUAUUGUUUUUUAUUUUCUUAUUUCCUGACUCAGUGAAGAGUGCGUAUUUCGCCUCUCCGAGCAGAUCUAAUCAUGCAUUUUAAUGUAGUUCUGUCAAAUUUUUUUCCUUCUGGGGAUUGCAGGUAGUUUUACUUGCAUAACUAAAUGACAGCCUUGUAACACCUGUUGCCAUUACACCUUUAGGUGUUUGAAUGUCUGCAUUUCUACCUGUGCAAAGUUUUUCUUUAAA